UGCUUCAGAAUAACAGGAAAAUGAUUGACAUUACUGUUAUACCAAGUGUGUAUUGAUUUACAUAGUGAAUUUUGUGGAGGAAAAACAUUUGGACAAUACCACGAAGCCCUGUCAGUAUGUGAUGGAAACUGAUACCUGUAGCAGGAAGCCAUGGUGGCUAAUACGUAAUUAUGGAACUAUUAUCAUCACUUUGUUGUAGAGUCAGUCGACUUCACCAUUUGGUAUAUAUAUUAUAUUGUCAACAUAGGACUAAGGCUGCUCUUCUAGUGCAAUUUUCCAGUUGAGGCUGCUGACAUUUAUCACCAAACUUUGUUGAAAUGCGUGUUCUCUGGUCCAUAAUAUGGAUACUACUGAUAAACAUCAUUGAGAUCACCUCAGUUUCAUCAGCACAGACUAAUUCUUGUGGCACCAUACUACCACCACUCCCAACAGAUACUGACCACAAACACAAAGACAGUGUCCGUGUGUCUGCCAGUCUUCAGAGUAACUGUCAAAUUUACAACAGGCUGGAGCUCAUCCUAAAGGAAUUGGGAAUUUUUUCUGCUGAAUCAGAUUUUUGCAUUACUUUAGAGACUCUUACUCGGAUUGUAUUCCCAAGUGAUAAUUCCAGUUCACAGCGGAGGAUCUCUGUAUCCUUAGAUUUAAUUGUAAGUUCACAACCAUCUGGCAAGGAUCAAAACACAACAGUUUCUAACAAUUGUCACAAUAUGGGAACUUAUUCAAGAAGAGUGGAGGCCAUGGAACAACUUCAGUCUCAGAAUAAUCAGUCAGAGGCCCACAAUGUUAGUACAGCAGUGGAUCCACCCAGUAAACAUGCCCAGGGGGAGGAUUCUGGAGGGUUGAGUUAUACUCAGAUGGUAGUCAUAGCAACCUGUGCCUCUAUCAUUGGAACAUUUUUCCUAAUAGCAGGGAUUAUAAGGGCAAGAAACUACUGGAAGAGGUGGCAGGAAGAGCAAGCAGCAUCUCGCCGACUGGCCACCACAAACUACCGCCUCCCUCUACACUCAUCCAAUCAGGAGGUCCACGGAUCUCCAAAAGACAGCCGAGCUGGCUCCUCUGGUAGUGGCCAUAGUCAGAACAGUCCAAUGUUAAAACACAAUGAUCUCUACAACCAAGUGGGCAAUGGUAAAUCAGUGGCUUCUCCCAAUAAGUACCUGGACACCAUGCCAUUGUUAGUUGUGACUGCCCCCUCCACAGGACCCAACACACCCUUGGGAUCUGUGUCCUCAAUUCAAUAUAUUGAUGAGGAGCCAGACACUAAAGAAGAAGAUUUAUCCAAUAAUGAGAAAAAUUCAGAAGAUGGAGAAUGUGCAGAGAAAAGUGAUUCCUAUACAACAAGUGGAACAAAUCAAAGAGCACCCAAUCAAAACAUGGCACAGGUGGAUCAACCAAUCAGAUGUAUUGUCUCAGAGCAGAACAAAUCAAACAGUCUAAUCACUGAUAACUGUGAAAUUCAAGGACAUGCUGACUCCCAUUUUUGUCCAGAUGGUGGCACUACCAAAACAGAUAUAAAUCCUACUCAAAACCACCUAGAAGAGACCCCAAAUAAUUCAUUGAUCAAUUGUGGAAUCUCACAGUCAGAUGAAAGCCUAGGUACUACUGCAAAUCAUGCAUAUUGCUAUGGCAACCAGUCUGAAUAUUUAAGCAGUUCUGGAUAUGGUAAUUUUGCUUACUAUUGCAAUGAAUUGGAAGAUAACAUAUCAGAAAACACAAACAAUGAAAAUCAAGAAAAUGAAUCUGAAGACAUUGAAAUUGAAGAACCAUCACCAAACAUCAGCUCCCUUAAAGAUGUUGGUUCUGAAAAAUUUACAUCUUUAUUUAAUGACUGCAAUGAUGAAACAGAAACAGGUUUUCAAUUUAGUCAAGCAGCAGACAUUCCAGAGGAAACAGUAAAGGCUCACUCUUGUGUUUCUAAUGAAAAUUUACCAGUAGUUUCCUGAAAGGACCAAUAAGCAGUGUUUGUUUGAAUUUGUGUGAGAUGACUUGAAUCAGGACGACUUAAAGAACAGAAUGCAUGAGCAUAUACAUAUGUACCACAGUGUGCACAUCUGCUAUUUUUGGGCUGGAUUGCAAAGUUUACCAAAAUUUUUGGAUUUAAUCUUUAUGUCCAUGCAUUUGUCUGUGUCAGCAUUUUGCACCUGCUUUUGCACUUUAUUUACUGUGGAGAUAAAGAAAUCUUUAGUAUAAACUUAAAUUUAAUGCAUAUUAAGCAGGAUAGAAUAUUUGAAAUACAGACCAGAUUUGAUGAUGACCUUGACCUUCGACCUUCACAUUACAAAAUGAAAUAAUCCCUGUUGUGGAUGACCCAUUCUGAUCCUCAUGUAACUUUAUACUUACUUGUAAGUAAGUCAAAGUGUUUCAAAUUCUGCCAAUGGAAUUGUCACUGCCCUUGACCUUUGACCUUGAAAUAUGCAAAUGAAACAAGGUCUUCUCUUUUAGAGGAUGAAGUUAUUCUGAUCAUUAUCUUCUAAUAUAAUCUCAACAGUUAAACUUCGUUAUCUUGAACAUCAAUAUUUCCAACACUAUGGAUAUGUCUAAAUGAAUUGGUAUCUCGAAAUCUUAUCUUAGUGCCAUCUAAUUUGAGAUGAUGACUAUUCUAUACAGUACUUACAUGUAUACAUGAACAUGUACCACCACUGGCGUUGACUUACAAACAUGACCUGAAACAUGUAACUUAUAAAUAUGUUAUCUAUUAGAUUUAUACAAUGUCAUCAUUAGAAAUGAACAUAAGGGUCAGGAGGUCAAACUGUGGUGACUUGUACUUUGCACUCCAGUCAUAUUUUGCUGUAAUAUGGUACUAUCAACAGUGUGUAUUGAGAACUUUUAAAUAUGGCUUAAUGGACAUUUGAGAUGGAUUGUAUUUCAGUAACCACUAUUCCAACUAAGCAUACUUUUUGAAUUUUUAAAACGGAAGAUUUGUGUAGUCUCAAAUAUACAGAAUAACUCAAUUCUGUAGUCUCAAGAUCUCGUUAGCUUAAAAAUGCAUAAUUCUGCAUUUCCAAUUGAAGAAUUAGAUAAAAUAUUUGUAAAUCUCAUGAGGAAUGGUAAGAUACCAGCUUGAUUGAACUAUGCAUGAUGAAGUUUUCAUUGUAACCUGGAUUAUCUAAAUUGUUGCUGUUGUUAAGCAAGUUUAUUUCACCACCAAAAACUGAUAAUAGCAUAAUGGUUAUAGAUAAGAGACAUAAUGGGCAGUUUUUUUUUUCAAUGUUGUUAAGAAAACAAUGUAUGUUUUGUGAUUUCUAAUUCUUUUUGAAUUUCUUUGUAAUGUCUAUGAUCACAAUGUGCAAUAUAAGCCAGUAAAUGGGGCUGUGAGCUGCAUUCACCUUAAACUUCAGUACUUAUUGCACUUGCCAACUUUAUUGACAAUUAUGCAAAAAUAAAGAUGCUAAGUACUUUG